GACCGAGUUCAGGGAAGUUGGCAGCGCCUGCGCGCCGUUGUCAGGCCCAGCGGAAGAUGCGCGCGCAGCACCUUCCUUCCAGGAAGUUUUUGCUGGGCAACUGGAAGGCUGUUAUCAAGAUGGAGUUUCCAACUCAGUAAUCCAAGGACCAGAUCCUGAGUCCAUAAAGCAUGAUCUCCUUCUGUCCAGUCUGUGGCAAAAGUGUACAAGGUUCAUUCAACUUCUGCCCAUACUGUGGCGAGGCCCUGCCUGUAGAGGAGCAUGCAGGAGCCCAGACUGGCAUUACACCUCUUGUGUCAUCCUUUCGAGGCUCAAGGAAAGAGCUGAACUUCAGUUCUAAAACCUCUCCUAAGAAAGUGAAAUGGUCACCCACUGUCACCUCUCUCCCGCCCUCCUUCUCUGACUGUGACAGUUCUGAGUCAAGGCUGAGCUCUCCUGAGACAGCCUCAGGCACCAGGAGCAGACCCCCGACCCCCAGAGGCAGCCCACAGGCUUCCAGGCUAAGUCCUCAGACGCUGAAGAGGAGCUGGGUGACCACCUCGCUCCAGGCUUUGCCCACAGGGACAGAGCUGACAGACAAGAAAGGGCAGCACUGGACACUGGGGACCCUGCAGAGCCGGGAUGACCAAGGCAUUCUCUAUGAAGCUGAGCCCACUUCUGUCCUCCCCUGUGACUCGAGGACUUGGAAGCAUAAAUUCUCACUCAAACUGGACUCCAAGGAUGGGCGCCUUUUCAACGAGCAGAACUUCUUUCAGAGAGCAGCCAAGCCUGCGCAAGUGAGCAAGUGGAGGAAGCAGCGCCUGGUUCCGCUCCUGGCCAUCCCCACCUGCGUGGGAUUCGGCAUUCACCAGGACAAGUAUAGGUUCCUGGUCUUCCCCAGCCUGGGGAGGAGCCUUCAGUCAGCCCUGGAUGAUAACCCAAAGCACAUAGUAUCAGAGAGGUGUGUGCUGCAGGUGGCCUGCAGGCUGCUGGAUGCUCUAGAGUUCCUCCAUGAAAAUGAGUAUGUUCACGGGAAUCUGACAGCCGAGAAUGUCUUCGUGAAUCCAGAGGAUCUAAGCCAGGUGACCCUGGUGGGAUAUGGCUUCACCUUCCGCUACUGCCCAGGGGGCAAACACGUGGCCUACAAAGAAGGCAGCAGGAGCCCACACGAGGGAGACCUGGAGUUCAUUAGCGUAGACACGCACAAGGGAUGCGGGCCCUCCCGCCGCAGUGACCUCCAGACCUUGGGCUACUGUAUGCUCAAGUGGCUUUAUGGGUCCCUGCCAUGGACAAGCUGCCUUCCCAACACCGAGGAGAUCACUAGGCAGAAGCAGAUGUAUCUGCACAACCCUGACCUCUUUGUGGGACUGUGUCGCCGCUGGCGCAAGGCCUCAGCAUUCAAGAGACCAAGGCAGUAGGAUUGUCAGGAACUGGAGACCAGCCUCUGCUACAUACUGCUACAUAGUGAAUUCCAGGCCAGCCUGGGCUACAGAGUAAGACUUUUUUUUUCCAAAUUAAAAAGAGCCCUUCUAACCUGUGUGAUGUAAGUGCCUACACUUACCUUACAGGUCCAAGGUUACCUGAUACGGCUGGCGAGAAGUUACACCAGGCUUGGGUUGGAGGGGCCAUGGCAAGACUGAGGCUGUGACAGUUUUAUAGAAGAAUGUCGUGGCAGUUGCCAGGAUCAAUACAUUGUAGUUGUCGGGAUACAGACUGUGAUGUGGCUCUCAAAGCCACACGUCAUAGGCUAGGUCGUCUCCAUGGUUCCUUGCAGGUUGGCAUGCCUGCUUUUGUGCUGCUGUGAACUAUAUUCUGUUUUCCAUUUCCCCGUGGGUGAACCCUUUCUGAAGCAUGCUUGGUUGCACAUAGGGCUUGCCUGCAGCUCGCGCUGGUCACAUAGACACCCAUCUGCUUCCCUCUGCCCUGUGACUCCGUUUGUGCACCGGGCUCCCAUUCCCGUCCUGCCUCAGCUGGAGCCGACAGGCCCCACGUGAGAGGCGCACAUAGGUCUUCCUCGCAGGGGUCUGCUGGGAGGUAGUACGGGAUGGGACGCGCAUGGUGGGUGACUGGUCCAUGUUACAGCUGCUGACCCUGACUGGGGAGCGCUCUGGGGCUACCGUUCCACUGACGCUUCCCACACACGGACAGCCGACACGGGACUGCGGAUGCCACCUCUAAGCCCUCUCCUGUGCUUUUGGGUGUCUUGACCACAGAGACCCUGCAGGAGUACCUGAAGGUGGUGAUGGCCCUCAAUUAUGAGGAGAAGCCGCCUUAUACUGUGCUGAGGAACAAUCUAGAAGCCCUGCUGAAGGAUUUGCGGGUGUCACCCUAUGACCCCCUGGACCUCCAGAUGGUGCC